AUGACAAACCCAUUAUCCACAAUCCUCAUCCUCCUCCUCUCCAUAGCCCUAGCCCUUUCGUGGCCCAGCCCGUCCCGAGCCUCCUCCGACUUCUCCUCCACAGCCCGCUCCCUCGACCGGCACUUCAAACUCCUCGCCAACUCCCGAAACUCAACCCUCACCAAGCUCCAAAUCUACAUCCACGCUGACUUUCUCGUCGGCUCCAAGACCCAAACGGUCUUUGAGGUGGCCUCAUGCGACAUCACCGCCAAGUCGCCCGGGUUCUACGGGCGGGUCUACGUCAUAGACAACCCGCUCACCGUCACGGCGGAUCCCGGCUCGGAGUACCUCGGCCGCUACCAAGGGACGAACGUGUACUCCGAUUUCCGCGAACCGGCCGCCAACAUGAACAUGGCUAUGACUUUCGAGGGCGGGAUUUACGAGGGGAGCACGAUGAGUAUUUUCGGGAGGCAGCCCGUGAACGAGGAGGUUCGGAUUUUAUCGGUGGUGGGUGGGACCGGGAUUUUCCGACUGGCGAAAGGAGUCGUGCUGGCGAGAACCGUGUCGCUCGACCCGAUUACAAAGGUGGGGCAUUACGUGUACGUUAUCUACGUGCUGACUCCUGCGGCGGCAGCGGCUGGAGGGGCCAUGGCGGCGGCCGCUUAG